AUGGCCCUGAACCCCAGCGCGGCGGGGAGGAGGGACCCGGACCGCGCCGGGGCCGCCGGGCGCCACCCGGACGGCGGCGAGCCCCAGAAGAAUUCAGCCGCCACCUCGGCCCCGGCCAACCAAAAUGGCGUACAGGCUGGAUGUGGAGACGUUGUAAUGCCCGAGCAAGAAGCCCCUGAGCGGCGGAGGAACGCGCCGACGGACGCCCGGAGCUUCAGCGGCUCUCCCUCGACGGGCCCGCGACCGAGCGAGGAGCUGCCACGGAGGAAUUUCCAGAUCCCGAGGAAGGCGAGAGAACGGAAAGGCCUGUACAACUUUCUGCGGCCGGACAGUCGGGAGUUCGAGGACCUCGUGAAGAUUCUAUCCUCGUUUUACUUGGACUCAUCGUCACGAUCAACCUUCUCCUACUCCAAGGCCAGGAUGGUCUACAAUGAACUGCUGGAGAAGGAGUUCAUCGAGAAGCGGCGAGAGAUGAAGCAGGAGGGGCGGACAGAACAAGAAUUGACCGAGUCGUACUGCUUCCUGUUUCCAGACAAGGCAAAGCUCCAUUGGAUCUGCGAGAAGGGUCUGGCUGUUGGACACUCCAAGAUUACUACACUUGGAAAUCCGUCAAUGGGUGUUUAUCUCUCCAAAUAUUCCGAUUUAUUACAAAUCAACCCUUUUGAAGUGGGCUCAUCUGGAGACAUGGUCCUUUUUAAAGUCAUGAGGGGCCGAAUAAAGCACAACCAUGAGAACAUGCCGAAGAAUGCAAUGGAGCCCACACCCAAGUUUGACUGUAACUUGUCGAAAAGUGCCAACAGGGUAACAUCUCUGCUGUCCUACAGGGCCUUUGAGCUCACGCAGCAAUAUUUUUAUGAGUUUGCAUUUGAUGAGAUCAAGGCUCGACCCAGGCACGUGUGCCCCUAUGCUGUGGUUUCCUUUAAGUACAUAGGCAAAGAGGCUGCUGCGACUCCUAUGACUGCACACAGGUUUAACACGAUUUCCCCUGAAGGAAGUAAAGGGAAGAACUGCUACACCGUGUGGAGCGGCCCACUACUGAACAAGGGUCGGGAGUUAUUCCCAAUCUGUUUACGAUCGUCUUCGCGGCCCUACCUUCCUUUCAAACUGCCUGAGAAGCUGGAGAUGAAUCGGGGCAUGCAGCUUGAGCAGGUGAAGCGAAAGAUUCCCUCUGUGCUCUUUUCUUGGGAUACCUACAGAGCAUCACGGGAAGUAAUGAAGUGUGGGAUGGCCUGCAGCCUGUUUGAGGUGGUAGAUGGAAAAGGCAAACCGACCAGCGGCACCCUGGCAGCGCUGGUCAACAAACUGGAGCGUGACAGGAUGGUGCUGGUGAUGUCCUUGUUUGACCGGGGCUUCCUCUUCCUGCUCUCUUCAACUCAGAUGGUUGAGUCCAAAGAGCGGUGGGGGCGGACUGAGAAAAACCUUCAAGCAUUAUUCAUCUUUCAGGAGUCGAGGACGGUUGUUAAACAUUCAUCCAGACUGUUUGAGCAGGAGCGGCUUACGCAGGAUCCUCUGCCAGCCAACCUGUCCUCCGUGGAGCCCUUCAUCCCCGCUGUGCACUACUCGCUGUUCAAGCUGCGGCCGAACCCGGGCAAGGACAUCAGCUCCGGGGUGGAGCGGCAGGCCACCGAUUACCUAACGCGCAUUGAUUCAGGUACGGUGCGGACGUUCGUCCUGCCCGACUACAAAUAUAACGUGGACGACCGAACCAUCCCGCUUCCGGUGCCCAGACCCAAAUUCAACAUGGAUGCCGUGCUUCGCUCCUAUGUGCACAACCCUGCCAACUUUAUGUUACCCCUGAACAAGGCAAAGGACAUCAUGGAAAGAAUACGAAACCCUGUACCCGUACCCGUACCCGUCCCUGUCCCUGUCCCUGUACCUGUACCUGUAUCCAUACCCGCACCCACACCCACACCCACACCCGUUCUAGCCCCAGUGGAAUACAGCCCCGUGUCUGACUGGGGCGGCUCUGACAGGGGCUCGGACAGGGCAGAGAGACCCCCGGAGAGGCCAGCCCAGGAGAAACCACCACCACCACCAGACAGCAGCAGCAGCAGCAGACGGCGGCCUGGGUUGGCCAAUUCGAACGGAGCCCAGUCACAGCACAAGCCCCACGUUGACUCUCAGCCUCAGCCCCAGAGGUUACGGUUGUCCCAGAGUGAGUACGACAAACACAAGAUGAAGCAGCUGCUCAAGCUCAUUCAGCUUCAUAAGAAAGCACUAAUAAAGGAUCCUGAGAAGGAGAGGGAACAGGACGGGGCCUGGGACGCCAACAGUUUGAAGAGGAAGUUUGAGGGAGAUGAGAGUGGAGGCAUAAACAAACACCAACGAACAGAUCCGCUGAGCAACGGGGAGCCCAGUCAAGGCAUCCAAGCCGGUGAGUUGGGAGAUGACGGUGGACACGGGGACAAUCUGACGGCUGUAAUGGAAAGCAUGGGCCUCUAUGACACUGACCUGAGGGCCCAUGGCAACACCAACACCUCAGCGGUCAACGAGACCCAGCGCCUCCUCAAGAUCCUGCUGGCCACUCUCAACAAAGCCGUGGCUCAGGGUUCGAUGCCGGUGCAGGUCAACCACGGUGAGCCGUCGACAGGGUCGGGCAGCGGGGAGCCUUCUAUCCCUGACCCAGAUUUUAGGAAACAACUUGAGCCAGCAUUGCUAACAAACUACACAGAGGAGGACAUGGACUGUAGCCCUGGUAGUCCAUUCAGUGCGGGCUCCCUGCCAGAGCAAGCACACACCUCAGAUAACCCGACCUGGGUUCUCCCCGUUAAUGAAGGUACCUCGAAGCAGCCAGUUAACACAGACCUCUCCCCCUUAGCUGGGCAGAAGCCUGUGCCUGAGCCAGCGGCUGUGAGAGCGACAGACAUUCAGCCAGAGCUGAAGACGCCUGCAGUUGUGGAAGUAAAAAAGGCGGCUGCAGGGACCACGUUACCAGUUGUAGAGGAGAUUUCCUUCAGGCCCUCCAUCAGCCUGGACACCAUCCUCAACCAGGAAAUUCAUAGUCUCACUUCUGCCAUUAAGAACAUUAUGCAGACGAACCACAUCUGCUAUACCUCGCAGCUACCACCACGGUUGGUUCCACGUGGCUGCUUGUCGCCCAACAGCUGCUUCUCAGACUUUAUCGUGCCCUUCGUCUCCCCUGUCCCCACUCAGGGACACGUCAAAGCACUAUGUGAGAUGAUGGACAAGUUGAUCCCAGCCCCACCUGCUCCCUCGAAGGUCACUUCUCCACCUCCCCCAGUGACAACGUCUAAUCUUACAACACCACCCCCUGCCCCAAUCCAGACUCCCAAAACUAAAGCAGAGCCCCCCCUUUCAAAGAGCACCUCCUCCUCCCUCAGUGAUAAAAUUGGCUCUAUCAAAGAACCUGCAUCCACAAAGGCUAAAUCAGAAGUUGCAUCAACAGAGUUGGCGGGAGAAGUCUUUUCUCCCUCUCUAAUCACGACAGACUCUCCAGAUUCCAACUCUCAAAACCCAAGCCUGCUUGCUGGCAGCCUCAUUGGUCAGCUGAAGCCCGAGGUUUUCAGCAGUCUGGUGGAGAUCUUUAAGGACGUCACGAAGAAUUCGGUGAAAUUCUACAUCCACUCUGAGGAGGAGGGGGAGGAGAGCACUGUGUGCAAGGAAAUAAAGGAGUACUUGAAAAGUCUCGGCAACAGCGAGUGCAGCCCGCAAACAUUUCUGGAAAACAGCUGCAGUUUAGACAAGCUCCUCAUCAUCAUUCAGAACGAGGACAUCGCUGCGCAUGUGCACAAGAUCCCGGCUCUGGUGUCUUUGAAGAAGUUGCCUUCAGUGAGUUUCGCUGGAGUGGACACUCUGGAUGAUGUCAAGAAUCACACUUACAAUGAGCUCUUCGUGUCUGGAGGCUUCAUGGUGUCCGACGAGUUUGUCCUAAACCCCGACCUCAUCACGCAGGAUCGUUUGCAUGGUCUGCUGAAGUUCUUGGAAGAGCAGAGCUCCCCUGAACACCCCUGGCAGUGGAAGGUGCACUGCAAGUCCCAGAAGAAGCUAAAAGAGCUGGGGAGGUUAAACACCAACGCCAUGGGGCUUCUGAACCUCCUGACAGCUUAUCAGAAGAAGCACCUCGUGGAGUUCCUCCCUUAUCACGAGUGUGACACUCAGUCCCGUCAGGCUCCUGAUCUUGAAUGUCUGAUCAAACUCCAAGCGCAGCACACACAGCAACGGCACCUUAUCUUCCUCACAGAGAGGCCAUUUGAGAUGUUCCUACAGUUCUCACGAAAUGGAAUGGUGAUUGCCAGCAUUGAUGAUGUAAUGAGCGGUUUCCACAGUCUGAUUGGCUCCAUCAAUCACAAUGAGCUUCCGACGCCGCCCUCUACUGUAGUGAACGAUGAGUGUGUGGAGGAGGACAUGUCAUUAGACUCUGAUGAUGGUGAGGAGCCACCCACUAUAGACGAUUCUGCAGAGCAGAACCAGGAAGGAGAGAAGAAACUGCAGCCGCCCCCACCAAAUAUGGAGGAGUUUCGUCCUCCCCUCCCAGACCAGCAGGUCACGCCUGAGAGAACUCCGACGUUGUCUGAGUACAGCGCUCUCAAAACGGCUAUCUCUCAGUUCAAAGCCACCAACCAGAUGGGUACAGGCCCUUCAGACAUUGGCAGCUUGUCACCAGGAGGUUAUCCUGUGAAUCCCCACCAGAGCUUCCUGUGUCCCUCAGCCUCGUGGUCCUCCUACACUGGCUCUUCAAGCUACGCGGCCUCCCCAGCCUAUCCAGCCUCACCCUGCAGCAGCACCCAGGAACAGGAGUAUCGCACGCCAGCCACAGCUCCUGCCACUGUCCCAACUCCCCCUCUCAUGGCCACAGCAGGACCUCUUGCCAACCUGGCAUCCCUCCCCAUGGAGGUCAAACCUCCCCCUCCACCUCACCUCAUGAUGCUUGGUCACACGUACGGCUCGGAUACUGGCGGGGCUACUGGGAACUCUCCACACACCACCUCCAUCCCUUACACAGAACAUAGUGACACAACGCAGCCUGUUUACAUUGCUGGCAUUCCUCAGAAUGCUAGUGGGACUCCCUCACAACAUGACAGGACAGUCAGUGGACCUGGGGAGGGAGUGUGGGGCACUGCACGGACUAGCACUUGCGAGAGUGGCAGUUCCCAGGGUGUGGUCACAUCGAGACUGUUGGACCCCAGUGGGCUCCCUAAGAGCGGGGAUGGAGGCAGCACCCCUGGUAGUCAGGGGAACAGGACUAACAUGAAUUGCACUGCCAACCUUGGAUCGUCUGUGGGCAUUCCCACAGUCGCCACCAGGGGGGGGUCAGUAGUCAGACCUACGCUGCCUCCACAUCCAAUGUGUGCGGUUGGCUACGGGAGUAUAGGUGGCAACCCGGGACAGAUGGACCAUGGGCCUAUGCGGGGUGCAAUGGGUCCUGGCUCUUUAGGGAGCUAUCGAGGGAGAGGAAUCCCACCAGGAUUUUGGACUCGUCCUGGACGAGGACACGAUCGGGGGGGUGGUCCCUGCACUUGGGGUUACCCAGCAGGGAGGGGUGGGACACAGAAUUACUACUCGGACUACACAUACUCUCACAACUAUGCCCCUGAAUAGACAAUCAACAUGACCAGAGGGGCAACACAAACACCAUACUCCAGAGACUUAUAGAGCUGGCUGAAUGUACAUAUUUCCUUGUCAUAAACACGAUGAUUUAAAUCCGUAAAUAAGGCUCCUGGUUUUCUACAUCUAAUAAAAAUUGAUACAGGCAGUGCCGAGUGUCCUACUGUCGUGUAAACUGUACGUACACUCUUUCCUUGUGAGCUAUUUGAGACCCUGUUCAGACCACUAUAUUUAUAUUUGCCAACAAAUGUUUAUGGCCUUCCAACUUCUGAAUUUAUCAUAUUUUUUUUUCCUUCUGUUUGUCCCAGUUUUGAAGCGGUUUGUGAACACGGGGGAAAGGCUGAUAUUUUUUUAAGGAAAAAAAAAAACCUGGUGAAUUAAAUUUCACUCUUGCUGUUGGUUUUCUUUUUUUUUUAUUUGACAUAUUUGGUUGUCCAAAAAUCUAUUAAAUUAAAGCAUUUCAAAUCUCGUUUGUGUGACAGGUUUGAUGACAGUGUCAAGCAAACCUAUUAAAAAUAUAAAUCGCA